UCGUCUCCUCCUCUCCUCUCUUCUCUCCUUGGCUCAGCUUGACAUCGUCGGAGCAGCAGAAAAGUUUGCUCGAUCGAGCUAGCUAACUAGGUCGUCGGAUCAGUGAUAAAUCGUUCGCCGAUGGAUCCGUGGAUUAGCACCCAGCCUUCGCUGAGCCUGGACCUCCGCGUCGGGCUGCCGGCGACGGCGGCCGUCGCCAUGGUUAAGCCCAAGGUGCUCGUCGAGGAGGACUUCUUUCACCAGCAGCCUCUCAAGAAAGACCCAGAGGUUGCGGCGCUGGAGGCGGAGCUGAAGCGGAUGGGCGCGGAGAACCGGCAGCUGAGCGAGAUGCUGGCGGCGGUGGCGGCCAAGUACGAGGCGCUGCAGAGCCAGUUCAGCGACAUGGUCACCGCCAGCGCCAACAACGGCGGCGGCGGCGGCAACAACCCGUCGUCCACCUCCGAGGGCGGCUCCGUCUCGCCGUCGAGGAAGCGCAAGAGCGAGAGCCUCGACGACUCCCCGCCGCCGCCGCCGCCGCCGCACCCACACGCGGCGCCGCACCACAUGCACGUCAUGCCCGGCGCCGCCGCCGCCGGCUACGCCGACCAGACCGAGUGCACCUCCGGCGAGCCCUGCAAGCGCAUCCGCGAGGAGUGCAAGCCCAAGAUCUCCAAGCUCUACGUCCACGCCGACCCAUCCGACCUCAGCCUGGUGGUGAAAGAUGGGUACCAAUGGAGGAAGUAUGGUCAGAAGGUCACCAAGGACAACCCCUGCCCAAGAGCCUACUUCAGAUGCUCAUUUGCUCCCGCCUGCCCUGUCAAGAAGAAGGUUCAGAGAAGCGCGGAGGACAACACGAUCCUCGUGGCGACGUACGAGGGGGAGCACAACCACGGCCAGCCGCCGCCGCCGCUGCAGUCGGCGGCGCAGAACAGCGACGGCUCCGGCAAGAGCGCCGGGAAGCCACCCCAUGCGCCGGCGGCGGCGCCGCCGGCGCCGGUGGUGCCGCACCGUCAGCACGAACCGGUCGUCGUCAACGGCGAGCAGCAGGCCGCGGCGGCGUCGGAGAUGAUCAGGCGGAACCUGGCCGAGCAGAUGGCGAUGACGCUGACGCGUGACCCAAGCUUCAAGGCGGCGCUCGUCACCGCCCUCUCCGGCCGCAUCCUCGAGCUCUCGCCGACCAAGGAUUGACGAUUGCUACUGAUCGACGCGGCGGAUUCGAUCGCUUCUUCUUGCAACUGCGGGCAUGGCCAUUGCCAUCCUCUCCUGUCUCUGCCUCUCUGUUCUUGGUGGCGCCAGCAAGAACACGAUCGACGCGGUGUCCAUCCAUGGCGGAGUUCGAUCGAUCGAUUGAUCGGCUAGGGAGGAAUUGAUGAUUCGCUGUAUAUAACCUAGAAUUUUUACACGAUUACUCGAGGGAUAGAUCGACGAGCAACAUUUUCGGCCGGCGCCCAUGGCUGAUCAACCAACGAUCAUCGGCGGCGGCCGGACGUGAGCAAGACGAUUCAGAAAAAAAUUCAGAUAUUUGCGUCGGCAAAAGACGCUUGUAACAUGUAGAGUAGGGAGGAAAAUUAUUUGAAGUGUACGUAGUGCAGUCCUUUUGAGCAAAAUUAAUCCCAAAUUUGCUUCGGUCCCGAACAAUUCAACGAAAUCA